GGCGGAGAGCAGACGGCGCGGAGGCUCCGGGUCGGAAGGAAGGAAGGAGGGAGAGAGGCGGCAGCGCGGAGCCCGAUGCGCGGCGCCCCCCGCGUGCCCCCUCCGCGCCCCCUCCCCGCGGGGCCCCCGGACCCCCAAGGCGGCAGCGGCGGCGGCAGCGGAGGCGUGGGGCGCUCCCGGGGGGAGAGAUGCAGCGGAGCGGCGUGGGGGGCGUGGGCGGGGGCGCGCCCGGGGGGGCGGCCUUCUCCAUCGAGGCCCUGAUCGGCGGCCCGCCCCCCGCCCCGCGCUGCGCCCCCUCGGGCGCCCCCCCGCUGCUCUACGCCGGGUACCCGCUCUUCGUGCCCUACCGGCCCCUCCUGCUGCCGCCCCCGCCCCCGCCGCCCCCCCCGCUGGCCCCCCUGGCCCCCGCCGCCUCCCCCUUCGCGGGGCGCCUCCAGGGCUCCUUCUGCGCCCAGGCCGCCCCCUCCAUGGUCGCCCUCGCCGCCGCCGCCGCCUUCGCCGCCUCCGCCUCCGUGGCCGCCGAGGGGCCCGACGCGGGGGGCUUCUACGAGCUCAUGCCCAGCCCCCCGCCGCCCGGCCCGGCCCCCGCCCGCCCCGCCCCCGCGGAGCCCCCCACGGGAGGGCCCCAGAGGAGGAGGAGGCGCAGCGGGAGCCUCGGAGCCCACGAGGGACACUUCCAGAGGGAGACCUUCGCCGCCGCCCUCGCAGAAGGGCGGCUCUGCAGUUCGGACGAGGAGCGGCGCGGCGAGGGGGCCUCGGAGGGGGGGUCCCGCCAGGAGGAGGAGGAGGGGGAGGGGGAGGAGGGGGAGGAGGGGGAGGGGCGCUUCCUGGGGGGCGGGGCGCCCUGCUCCUCCUCGCCCUCCUCCGCCUGCUCCUCCUCCUCCUCCUCCUCCUCCUCGGCGUCCCCGGCGUCGGGUCCCAGGGCGGCCAAGGCCCGUCGCGGCCCCUCCUCGCUGCCCCCGCCGCCCCCGGCGCCCCCUCCCCCGGCGCCCUCUUCCUCCUCCUCCUCCUCGUCGUCGUCUUCGUCCUCGUCCUCCUCGUCGUCGGGGGGCGGUCCGGGGGCCAAGAGCCGUCGGCGGCGCACGGCCUUCACGAGCGAGCAGCUGCUGGAGCUGGAGAAGGAGUUCCACUGCAAGAAGUACCUCUCGCUCACGGAGCGCUCCCAGAUCGCGCACGCGCUCAAGCUCAGCGAGGUCCAGGUCAAGAUCUGGUUCCAGAACCGGCGCGCCAAGUGGAAGCGCAUCAAGGCCGGCAACGCCUCGGGCCGCUCCGGGGAGCCCGCCCGCAACCCCAAGAUCGUGGUGCCCAUCCCCGUCCACGUCAACCGCUUCGCCCUCCGCGCGGGGGGGCAGCCCCCCGCCCACGCCCCGCCGCCGCCCCCGCCCCGCCCGGCCCUCGAGGCCCCCGCCCCGCCCCCGCGGCCCUGACCAAGACCCGCCCCCUAUUUAUUGAUUGAUUGACUCGCUGUGAAACCCCCGCCCCCUGGACAGACCCCCCCUCCGCCCUCUCGAUGUCUCUGUCCCGUGCAAAGUGAUGACGAUGGUCAAUAAACGGACUUGUUUUCUA